GUAUGCCGUUGAGCGCUCCAAGAACGAGUCGCGGCCUACCAUGAUGGCCUUUUCCCGGCAGGCGCUGCCAAACCUUCCCAAUUCCUCCAUCGAGAACACCCUGAAGGGUGCCUAUGAGGUGGUGGAGUGCGCCGACCCAGAGGUCAUCAUCAUCGGUACGGGCUCAGAGGUGCAUGUUUGCAUCGAUGCGGCCAAGGACAUGGACCAGAAGGUGCGUGUCGUGUCGAUGCCCUCCGUGGAGGUCUUCCGCGCGCAGUCUGAUAGCUACAAGGACUCUCUCCUCCCCAAGGGCGUGCCGGCUCUCAGUGUUGAGGCGGCGUGCACCACCGGCUGGGAGGAGUUCUCCACCGCGCAGGUGGGCAUCAACGUCUUCGGCGCCUCUGCGCCGGGUGGCACCUGCCUGGAGAAGUUCGGCUUCACUGCUGCCAACGUCAAGGAGUGCGCCGAGAG